CGCCCCCACCGCUGGACGGCGCCGACGACCCCGAGCAAGCCUUGGACUUCAGCUCCUUGGACGCCCUGACGCUCGUGCCUGCGCUCGCGAAGCUCGGCGACGACAAUUUCUUGCUUUGGGGCUUUGGGACAAGCCCAGCGGUCGGGUGCAUCGUGGCGUACGGGACCACAGUCAACGCCGAGUUCAUGAGCUCCUGCAUCCUCUGGAUCGCCGACGGGACGUUUCGGAUGGCGCAGGGGCCGUUCUCGCAAGUGUGCGCGACCCGCGCCUUCAGCAACGGCUUCGCCGUCCCGUGCAUCUUCUUCUUGUUGCCAGGUAAGAGCGGCACGGCGCACAGGCGCAUGCGGGACAAGGUCUGCGAGUUCAUCCCAGAGGGCGCGGCGGACAAGACCUUGCUCGUCGACUUCGAGGAGGCGUCCUACCAGACAGCGCUCCAUUAUCUCGAAGACAUUAACGUGGGCGGCCGUUGGUUACACUUCGCAGCUGCUUUCUGGAAGCGAGUGCAGAAGCUCGGGCUUGCUACCGUGUGCCGCGAGAUCAAGGCGUUCCGCCUGCGCGUGAAGAAGCUCCGAUGCUUGGCCUUCCUGCCGCUGGAGGACGUCAUCGCUGCCUUCGAAGUGCUCGCCCACGAGUUCGAGAACGGGGGGGCGCAGAUCCUGGAGCACUUCGAGGAGACGUGGAUCGGCAAAAAGCCCCGCCGCGGAACUCGCAAAGAGCCACCCUUUCCCAUGGGUCUCUGGAAUGUGCACCAGAGGGCAUCAGCAGGAAUGUUCUUGACAAACAAAAUGGCCGAGCUGUUCCACCGCUUCCACGCCGAUCACUUCGUCGAGAAUAGGGAGCUUGCGGAGCUCGCGAUGGGCGCUCGCGAGAAGCGCGCCCCGGAGACUACGCAGCGCAUUGCUUAUCAUAAUGAGUUGAUCCAGAGGUACCACCAGGACAAGCGCGUCGAGGAUGAUUUCCUGAUGAACAUGGCACACCCGUACUUGAAGCAG